CUCUCUCGCUCUCUCUCUUCCUCGCUCUCUUGUACUCUCUCUAUGUCUCUCACUCUUUUAGUCACAGCAGAGGAUAGAGGGAGAGACCGCCGUGCAAGAGCUCUUUUCAUCUUCUAUACUUUUCCUGUUUCGGUCCUUUCGCUCGCGCCGCUGACUUUAUUCCAGCUCUCCCUUCUUUGAGACAUUGUUACAUCCCAGUAGCGAACAAUCCGCAGAGCUCUGCGUAUUUUUCUCGUUUUGUUUCGCCGUCGGAGUUCAGGUUGUCCCCCUCUUCGUCCAAAGGGUACUCAGAGGAUUUAAUCCUUGAGGUUUGCGGGAUAUGGCCCAAUAGCAGCAGCCCGUGAUGCCGGACCAUGACAGCGACUCCCUCCUGAACAGACAGACCAAGCGAAGACGUGUGGACAUUGGUGUUAAGAGGACCGUGGGCAACACAGCCUCCGCAGCAGCAGCAGCCACAACAACAACCACUGAUAACAUUGCCCGCGCCAAAGCAGCCAUUUUCAGUGCCAUGAACUCUCUGAGCUCCCACUCUCACCACGGAUCAGACACCGACUCCAUGGAGUGCUCUGUAGUGCAGCCACAUGGUGGACCUGGCAUUGUGUCAGCCAACGACACUGAAUCCAAGUCCAAUGUACUCCGAAAGCUACUGAAGAGGGCCAACUCAUACGAGGACACUAUGAUGCCUUUCCCUGGCACCACUAUUAUCUCCCAGCUUCUCAAGAAUAACAUGGCUAAAAAUGGAGGAGGACCUGAGAGGGGAGAAAGAGGGGACAGGGGUGAUAGAGUGGAUGUCGGCUUCCCCCGAUCAGGGCUCUCCAAUGCAAGUUCAGAUGCUCCCCAGGAGGAUGCCUGCAGUAACUCCUCCCAUGAUAGCACCCCUCAAGAGUGCUUGUCACCUUUUGGUCGUCCUGGCCUCGCCCCCUUUGAAAUUGAACGUCUCAACGAUGAACAUCUGCGUGCCAAGCGAGCCCGUGUAGAGAACAUUAUACGUGGUAUGAGCCAUUCACCCAGUGUGGUGGUACCUGCUGCUUCCCGUCAUGAGCGUGACCAUGAGAUGGAUCGAGACCAAGAGAUCGAUCUAGACUGCCCACCCACUCAGUCUCAGCAGCAGGCCCCCAGCAGCCCACGGGGAGGCGAGGUAUGCAGCAGUAGCAGCCGAGAGAACAAGCGCAAGCAGCGUCUGCCUCAGCAGCAGCAACAGAGCUUCACCCAGCUGGUGUGCCAGAGAAAGGAGCAGAAGCAGGAGGAGCGACGGCAACUGAAACUGCAGCUGGAGGACAUGCAGAAACAGCUACGUCAGCUGCAGGAGAAGUUCUUUCAGAUCUAUGACUCAACCGAUGACUCAGAACACAACGACCUCCACAAUGAGCUCAACAAUGACAUAGGAAACAUGUCUGAAGACAGCCCAGCCAGGUCUGACACCGGCGGCGAUGACCGGGGUGGAGAUGACUUGCGCUCUGACAAUGAGAUGUCUGACCUGGACCCAGGCCAUUUCCUGGACAGGGCGCGGGCCUUGCUCCAGGAGCAGGCCCUGCUCGCAGGCAGAGAGAAGCCAAGAAGAGAGGGGCUCAGCCGGAGCAAAGGACAGGGAGGUCCAGGCUCCUCCAUGCACGCUGAAGGUAAACAGCUGGCAGAAACACUGAAGCAGGAACUCAAUUCAGCCAUGACCCAGGUGGUGGAUACAGUGGUUAAGGUGUUUGCCAAGCCUCCACGCCCUACACCCCAGCAAGCCUUCCCCUCACUUUCCAUACCUCCUGAAAGAUUUCCAACCACUGUCAAUGGAGACAACCCCAACUUUCACACCGCCAACCAGAGGCUGCAGUGCUUCGGCGAUGUCAUCAUUCCCAAUCCACUAGACUCCUUCACCAGCAUGCCAGGGAUGCCAGGUCCCACCAAUGACCAAACUGAGGCAUUACCCUUAAUCGUGAGGAAGACACCCAGUGAGCACCACCACCAUCACCACCACCAGUCCUCAGCUGUGGGUGCCCAUGGCGGGCACCACCACCCCAUCCUUCACCCCUCCUCACUCUCUGCCUCCAUGGGCUUCAGCCCCCCAUCUUUUAGACACCCUUUUCCACUGCCUCUUAUGGGCUACCCUUUCCAGAGUCCCCUUGGUGGGCCCACGGGUGGCUACCUAGGCAGAGACCGUUCCUCUCCAGACUCCAUGGACCUGUCCCGGGAGACCACCAGCCUGAGGACCAAGAUGGCAUCGGUUCACCAUCUAGGGCACCACCAUCGCUCUUGUUCACCAGCGCACCCUGGUAGCACAGCCGAGCUCUCCCUGUCCCUCAUCAAGUCUGAAUGCAGUGACCUCCAGGACAUGGCUGACAUCUCACCUUACUCAGGCAGCAAUAUCCAAGAGGGUCUCUCCCCCAAUCAUCUGAAGAAGGCCAAGCUCAUGUUUUUCUACAGCCGCUACCCAAGCUCUAAUAUGCUCAAGAUGUUCUUCUCUGAUGUCAAGUUCAAUCGCUGCAUCACCUCCCAGCUGAUCAAGUGGUUCAGCAACUUCAGGGAGUUCUACUACAUCCAGAUGGAGAAGUUUGCCCGCCAGUCCAUCAACGAUGGAAUCACCGGAGUCGAGGAGAUGGGCGUCAGCCGCGACAGCGAGCUCUUCCGAGCCCUCAACAUGCACUACAACAAGGCCAAUGACUUUGAGGUCCCUGAACGCUUCCUGGAGGUGGCAGAGAUUACACUGAGGGAGUUCUUCAACGCCAUCGUGGCCGGCAAAGACGUGGACCCAUCCUGGAAGAAGGCCAUCUACAAGGUCAUCUGCAAACUAGACAGCGAGGUCCCCGAGAUCUUCAAGUCCCCCAAUUGUCUCCAAGAGCUUCUACACGAGUAAAUGUCCCCUCCUCCUCCUCCUCCUCCUCGCACGAUGCUUUGGCUUCUAUUCUCUUUGAUUUUAUAGAAUUUCAAAAUAAUCUCUUUUGUUGUUGUUGUUUUUUUUCUCAACUUUUCCUUUGAUUUCCUGUUUUAAAAAAAUUAAUAAAUUAUUUUUGAAUGUAUGAAAGUUAUGAAGUAGCAUUCCCAAUCUGCAGCCUCUGUGGCAGUUCCUAAACGACCUAGCUAUUGUCUUGUUGUUCUUAUAUGAUAAUUCUCAUGAUGGUUAUUAUUUGUUUUGUUUUUGUAUGAUUCUGAACUGAACUGAAGAGACUCUAAUCUUAUUGGGUGCUUUUUUGGCCCGUGUGAAAUCAUCCGUUUGGCUUGUUUUAUGAUCAACACUAACAAAGUCCUCAGUGUGUGGAAGGAGUUCCUGAGUUCCCAUUUACACUACUAAGAACAUAGCUGGGUUACCUAAAGACUUUCGAUUGGCACCCAGGGUUGUCCCUCUAAUCCAGUGGGUGCCCAAAUGAACUGUCCCUGCAAAGCGGGUGCCCAAUAGACUGUGCUACUGAAGAUGUCCCCUACCGGGCCGUCACACACACACACACACACACACACACACACACACACACACACACACACACACACACACACACACACAAGCACACUAAAACAAAGCCUAGUUGACUGGACUUGGUCUGCACUAGUCUGUGGGACUUGGACUGGUUUCAAAUGGCUACUGAGCUCCACCUUGUUUUGAAGUGUGUUUUCCCUGCAGAUAGGGCAUUGUGUUUAUUGGGUGUACAUUAUUAUUUAGAUUAUUAUUAUUGUUGUUUAUGAUUAUUAUUAUUUGUCAUCACUGCUUGCUGAAGAUUGGCACUUCGAGAUUUGU